CAGGAUUAGUUUGUAUCAAAAGUGUAACUGCUAUUGUUGUUAAUGUAUCUGACGAGUUCUCUGUAUGCAUAUUUAGGAAAAUUUCGGAUUUUCUUAAUUCCUGAAGGAAGUUAAAAUUGAAGCACUAUACCCAUCCUGUUUGAUAUUAGAAUUGGUCUGCCACUGCGAAAACGUAUAAGGAAAACAGGAAAGAAAAAUAUUAGUGUAACCUUGGUAGGAACUGCUUUUUGUCAUUCUGAUAUUUGCAUUUUAAUUUAAUGCGUAAAACCUAUAUGAAUAUGAAUAGUGGUUCAUAGUGUAGUAUAACUAUUUAGGUGUUAGGUACAUUGUAAGAAGAAUGAUAUGCAACAGAAGCCUGCACCCAUGUACGUGAAUUAGUUUGCAGAACGGAACAUCAAUCAUGCUUGGGCUGAUCAGCAGAUUAGUAACACAUGUUGAAAAUAUUAUUGUGGAUUACAUAGACUUGGACUUCACUUUGUGGCUAACAUGGAUGCUUACCCCUUUAAUAAUUACAUUCCUUUUGCCUCUGAUUAUAGUACUUCUGCUGUAUUUGUCUGCACUGAAUUUUUAUGUCUACAAAUUACAUAGACACCGAUUACGCCAUGCAUAUGAAACCGAUUUCUGGGAUGGUGCACGGAAGACAGCUGCAGCUGUAUGGGAUGCCCAUGGUUGGAUCUGGCAUGGUUAUGAGGUGAGUGGCAUGGAAAACAUUCCAGAUGACACACCAGCGCUGAUCGUUUACUAUCAUGGUGCCAUCCCAAUAGACUUGUAUUAUUUUAUCUCCAGAUGCAUUCUCUUUAAGAACCGUUUGAUUCACACGGUUGGAGAUCGGUUCCUCUUUAAUAUACCAGGCUGGUCAAUCAUCUGUGAAGCAAUGAAGGUAAUACCAGGCACAGUACAGAUUUGUUCAAAUAUUUUGAAAGAGAACAAUUUAUUAGCCAUAUCUCCAGGAGGAGUUUAUGAAGCUCAGUUUGGUGAUGCAUAUUACAGACUUAUGUGGAAAAAAAGACUUGGAUUUGCAAAAGUGGCCUUGGAUGCCAAAGUUCCCGUGAUUCCAGUAUUCACACAAAAUCUGCGGGAAGCAUUUCGGAGUGUAGGUUUUGGCAAACGUUUAUGGCUGAAAUUAUAUACAAUAACAAAGCUUCCAUUUGUGCCAAUAUAUGGGGGAUUUCCAGUGAAGCUACGCACACAUGUGGGAAAGCCCAUUCCUUAUGAUGGUAAUCUCACCCCUGAACAACUGCAUAUCAAGGUGGCUCAUGCAAUAGAGGAGCUGAUUGAGGAGCAUCAGAGAAUUCCAGGCAGCAUUAUGCGAGCACUUGUGGAGAGGGUAUAUGAACUACCAAAGAAGAAAUCCAAAUGAGGGUACUACAAAUUUUGGGGCAUUCUUGUAAAUUAAUCAUAUAUAUAUAUAAAUAUACAUUGAACAGUAAGCACUAAGUGUAGUUCAUUAUGUCAUAUGAAAUAUCAUUCAGUUCACAUAUGUAAUAUCAUGUAGGACUACAUUAAACGUGUCUAAGAAAUUGGUAUUAUUUUCAUAUGUAACACAAGAAAACACAUAUAAAUUGCACCUGAUAAAAAUUAUGCAGAAGAGCAUUUUUUGAAUGUAAGUUUUUCCAUGACACAUUCCAUUUUGUUGACCAUAUUUCAGUGCUAACCCUUCGGCACUGGCAUUUAGAUACUGUAAUUGUGAGUGGACUGUAGUAAUGUUUCUUAAAUGCCCAUUUAAUUUUUACUGUAAAAUGAUUUAUUUUUCAUAACUGAACUGUAUGAGAUAUGAAAAUCAGUUUUCUACUGAAAUCCUUGGAAAAGAUGGAUUUAUAAGUGUACGUUAUAACGUGAGUGUGCUGUGUAUGUGAUUGAUGGAAGCAACAGGAUUAGAAGGUGAGGUUUGUAUGGUAGAUCUUGAAAUAUCCAUCUAAACAUAACCCUGUUUCUUUUUCCUGUGUUUUGUACACACCAUACAUUUUCACUGAGGUUUUGCCUUCUUUCGGGUGGCAGGAAUAUGUUCAAGGAAAUGUCAUUCCAUGGUUCUGUUGGGCUGCAAGUUAAUUUAUGGAUGUCCAUAUAAAGGAGGAGGAACACAAAAACAUUGUUUUUACCUUGAGGUUUUGAGCUAGUAAAGGCCUAAAUUUUAGUGAAUCUGUGUUCUUGUUAUUUGGGAGUGACAUGACCAUUGCAUUAUGUACUGCCACACUGAGUACUUUGUUGAAUAAUUUUGUUUAUUUCCAGCAAGUAUGGUCACAGCAUUUGAUCCUACAUAUAGACUCAUAACAUAAUGACAGUGUAAUUGCAAACACCUGCAGGCUUUGUUUCUUUGUCUUACUUUAUUUUAUGUCUUGUAAAGUAAAAUUUUAAAACUUUUUAAGUUUAUUUUGUGUGCCUACUGUUAUUUCUGAUGGAUUAAGAAAAGCAUGCUUUUAUUACAACUGUGAACUGAAAGAAUUUUUGUAGGAUCACAUUUCCACUUAUAACAUGGGAAUCAAUGGAAAAACAGGGUUCAUGAUGUGGGCACAUAUUUGAAAACAUUUCCGUUCUGUAACAUGGGCAUACUGUAUUAAAACUGGUUAACCAGACUGUACUUAAAACUCUUUGUUAAUAAUUAUUUAUUGGUUUACUCCUAUUUGGCUGUGGUAUGUAUAUAUCUUUAAUUGUUCUUAUGAUGAUUGUUAUAAAGUUACCAAGUAUUUUUACAUAUGAAAAUAAAUAUAUAUACACAUUAA